AUGGGCCGCGUGGGACAAGGCGGUGAUCCCAUCAACUUCUUCACAACGGGGUGGGAUCUCAAGCUUCGCCUUAAGGUGCUGGGGGAGGAAGUGUCGGACCCAGUCUACCUGGACAUCAUGCUCUCAGGCCUGACCAAGGCCCCGGAGUUCAAGUUCAUCAGGGAGAUGCACUACCGCGACAAUUUUACUUCAGUAGACAGUAUCCAGGCGACGGCUGACCGCUUUUUUGUGGAUCAGCAGUCGCGCAACGCGUCGGGCCCCAUGGUCUCGGGCCGGGGGGCUGCGAUGGCGGUCGCUUCCGACACCGACGGACACUUCCAGCGCAAUUGCACAGCCAAAGUGGCGGCACCUGCAUCGGCCUCAUCAACGUCGAGUGUGCAGGACCACCAGCUGCCUUCAGGGUUCUUCGGUGCGUUGAUGGCGACUCAUGCAGAGUUGUCGCUUGCUCCUUUUCGCUCCGACGGAUCGUCCGUCCGGAUCGUUGUGGACAGUGGAGCGACAGACAACUACCUCGGCCCUGGGCUUACACCAGGAUUGCGGGCUCACAUGCGCGACGUCGAACACUUUCGGGUCCCACACACGAUCGUCGCCGCGGGCCGGCAUGUCCUCAAAGGCGUUGCGACGGGGACUAUCUUCGGCGCCGUCACGGACGACAAUGGGAACGACCAGCUCGUCUCAUUUCGCGUCAUCUUGGUACCAGGGCUUGGCACCAACCUCUUCUCCGUGACAUUGGCGAUGCUAAACGGGGUGGCGACGUUGUUUCAUCCGGACAAUCCCAGGUUGGAGUCGGGGGACGUGGUGUUCCCCAUGCAAACCCUCGGGGUGGACACCACGACCGGAAAAUGCAUCUACUCCAUCGAGGUGAAGCUAAGGGGUGAACCUAGGGGCCGGACGGUCCUCGAAGACGCCCCUGAUGCCCUCGCCUGGAAGGUGGAGCCACCUACGGUGUCCUGCGCCCGUUCCAGCACGUUUCCGUCGACACCCUUGGCCCCUCUCAAACCUACAGCGUUGGGCGGAUUCAAGUACGUCACCAAGUUCGUGGACCAGCAGACCAAGUGGGCGGAAAUAGUUCUCAUGAAGGACAAGACCUGUUCUGUAGACUCCCUCGCGUUGUUCAACAAAGGGACCGUGGUUCCUACCGGCGAACGCAUUCAUUGCCUCCGCGGGGAUCCGGGCACAGAAUUCACGAGUGCGGAAUUCCGUCGGUACUGUCAAGACAUCGGCAUCAAGCUGGAGUUCGCCUCUCCGAACACCCCUCAGCAAAUCGGAGCCAACGAGCGUGCGGGUCGGACGAUUUUGAAUGUCGUGCGCUCCCUGCAAAACGGGACGCUGUACAAGGCGCUCUACGGGAAGGAUGCCUACCUUGGUCACAAUCGGGUGAUAGGGUCAAGGGCAUUCGUGCACGAAGAGACCCACACCAGGAAGCUGGAGCACCUUGCUUGGGAAGGACGCCUUGUCGGAUACAGCACGGACAGCAAGUCGUACCGGAUCUACAACUCUGAGACGCGACGUGCACGGGUGAGUCGAAAUUUUGUCUUCAUUGAGACACCUCCCGUUGCGCCUGCGUUGGAUGAGGGUGGCUUCGACGACGGGGAGUUCACGUACGACAACCACGACGACAUGGAACUUCUCCCACUGACGACGCGCCUAGGACUUCUGGUGGUACACCUACGGGAGGUAGCCCUGCCUCGCCUGGGGAAGAAAAAACCCCUGAAACGGAUGACGGUGCGUCUCAUCCUGCUGGAGCACCUUGCUUGGGAAGGACGCCUUGUCGGAUACAGCACGGACAGCAAGUCGUACCGGAUCUACAACUCUGAGACGCGACGUGCACGGGUGAGUCGAAAUUUUGUCUUCAUUGAGACACCUCCCGUUGCGCCUGCGUUGGAUGAGGGUGGCUUCGACGACGGGGAGUUCACGUACGACAACCACGACGACAUGGUUUAUCGCCUUCUGGUCCUGCUCCGUCUUGUGCUGUACCGCGGGGUGGAUCUGCGCGUGGACGCGGUUUGUCUCGUGGUUGCCGAGGUGCUCGUGGUGGAUCUUCGCGAGGAGGAUCUGCGCGGGGAGGCAUCACGCCGCGUGGAGGUCGCGGCUCGGCAAGUGGAAGUGUUUUUCGUGGUGGACGAUGGUCCACGUCAGCACCUUCUGUCACCAGGUCGAGUUCGCGCAUGCUCAACGCAAAGGCCAUCCGCGAGCUCCGUCGUAUCUCCUACGCAUUUACCGCGAAAGGGGAGUUCCCUGACGUCGCUCAUAGGGACGGCUCCUUUGGUUUCACGGAAUACGCGUACGCUAUGGAGGCAUCCCAACCGGAUGUUCCACGAACGAUCCAAGAGGCAAGGGCCAUGCGGGACGGAGCGCAGUGAAACACAGCUGCAGAGCGCGAGAUCGCGAGUCUCAAGAAACAUUUACAAGGCCGUCCCGCGCACGGCAGUUCCCCCAGGGAGGAAGCGGGAAAAGUCCAAAUGGGUGUUCAAGCGUAAGGCAGGCGGCUCCUUCAAGAGGCGUCUGGUGGCGCAAGGCUGGAACCAAGUGCCUGGACUAGACUGCGGCAGCACCUACGCUCCGCCGUGCAAUUCAACCUGGAGUUUGUUUCAAAUGGACCUGUCCACAGCCUUUCUCUGCGCUGACAUCCUGGAGAACGUGUUAGUCGAACAGCCACCUGGCUUCGAGGUCAACGGCAAGGAUGGAGGUGAUCUAGUGAUGCAGCUACAGAAGAGUCUCUACGGGCUGGCCCAAAGCCCCAGCAACUGGUUCCACACCAUCGACCCUUUCCUUGUUGAGAUAGGUUUCGUUCCGCUCCAGUCUGACACUUGUGUCUACCUGUACGACCAUGACGAUGUUCAAGUCUUCUUGACGCUCUACGUGGACGAUCUUCUUCUUGCCGGAAACAACGCUAACGUCAUGUUGAUGAUCAAGAACAAACUAAAACAAAGGUCCAAGAUGACAGACAUGGGCGAGGUGAAACUUGUCUUGGGCAUGGAAAUUAAGAGAGACCGCAACCAAGGUACACUGACGACUUCCCAGGAAGCGUACAGCAAGUCCAUCUUAGAGAGGUUUGGGAUGUCGGAACGCAAACCGACCAGCACGCCUGGCUACGGUUCGGAGCUCUCCAACAAGCAACCAGAGGACACUCUGCUAGGCGAGGAGGAAACGCGACGUUAUCAGGGCAUCAUGGGAUGCCUGAUGUACAUCGCUCAAGUGCUCCGCUACGACAUCAUGUACGCUACGGGCCAACUGGCCCGCCCAAUGACGAAACCCAGCAAGAUCCACAUGGUGGCAGCUAAACACACUCUUCGCUAUGUGGCCGGAACCACGGACUUAAGAACCCGAACAACGGAAAAGCUGAUUGCAUCGGUACUAGCCAUGAAGGAAGCAGUGUUCUGUUCAAACAUGGUAUCUGAGCUAGGGUUCGGUAAGGAGUUUGCGCAAGUACCGCUGUACUGCGACAACACGGCGACGCUGCACGCGCUUGGAAACCGCUCCUUCAGCUCGAGCACAAAACGUAUCGCACUUCGCUUCUUGUACAUCCGAGAGCUAGUAUCGGAAGGACGGAUGUCGAUCCAUUACAUCCCGACGGACAGCAACAUUGCCGACAUCGGGACAAAGCAUCUUAACAAGCAUCGGCUCAAACACCUGCUGGACAAUAUUAGCAGUUUCAACGUCAAUAACUUCAUCAGCGACAAGUUCAAGUAA